UCGAGGGUUACCUAAACAAGACAUGGCGGAACAAGGAGGGCAAAAAUCAGCCCAAAAAACGACCCUAACAGCGGCACAGAAACAACUUUCAACUCACCGCAAACAACUCGAUUACUGGCAGCAACAUGCGGGUCGAAUACGGCGACGAAACCUCCUGACUGGCCUCACGAUCGGAGCGUUUGUCAUUUCAGUGUUUAGCUACACCAUUUAUUCGGUCAAGCAGGAGAAGAUCAUGGAUGAAAUAGACGAUGAAGCACGGAUCCAUAUCAUACGAGGGCCUCGCACUGGGGCAAACUCCUAGUACCACUCAACAUGGGACUGUUCUAGAGACUGAGGCGAUAACCUGCAUCUACUCUGUUGAACUGUACCACACUCCAAGCAAAGGAGAAGAGAAAACUGAGAAAACAGGUGACAGCCUGAAUAGUACGCAUAGACAAAUUAUUUAAUACAGUAAUUAAUACAAAAUGUAAAUAUCUGGACCUUGGAAGGGAAGUUGCACUGUCCAAACAUUACAUUAUUUUGAGAGAUGUUUAAAUAAAUUGUCUUGAUGCUGAUAAAAAUUUGGUUCCACUUUGUAUAGAAUUGUC